AUGUUCGAUUUUGAUACGAUAAAAGACACUAUUAAACGAGGCUUUAAACAAUAUAUGUUUCCAGUUGGUUUAAUUUUAUUUCAAUGUGUUUUUAUUGUAUUAUAUGCUGUUCAUGCUAAAUAUGGAUAUGAAGUCGAUGAUAAUUCAACUGAAAUCAUAUCACGCAAUACUCCGCCUCCUAAAGGUGCAGUAGAAUAUUAUUAUUCAUUUUUUCAAGAUGUUCAUGUUAUGAUGUUUAUUGGAUUCGGAUUUUUAAUGACUUUUCUUCGUCGUUAUUCAUUUUCAUCAGUUUCAUUCAAUUUUUUGGUCGCUACUUUUGUUCUUGAAUGGGCAAUCUUAGUUCGCGGUUAUGUUGUUGAUUGGGAUUCUGAAACAAAAUCAUUUUCAGUCACUGUUAAAAACCUACUUCACGCUGAUUUUGUUUCUGCAGCAAUAUUAAUAUCAUUUGGUGCUGUUCUUGGAAAAACGAAUCCAGCUCAAUUAGUUAUACUUGCUUUAGCGGAAGUUGUUAUGCAAAUAUGGAAUGAACAUAUUUGUGUAACUUAUUUGUGUGCAUAUGACGGUGGAGAAUCAAUAUAUGUUCAUGUAUUUGGUGCUUAUUUUGGUUUAGCUGCAUCGUAUAGUCUUCAACAUAAACGAGAGGUGGAAUCUCCAAAAGAAGGUUCAAGCUACGCUUCAGAUAUCUUUUCAAUGAUUGGCACAUUAUUUUUAUUUUGUUUUUGGCCAUCAUUUAAUGCUGGUACAGCAUUUGGAGAUGGAAGAGUACGUGCUAUUACUAAUACAUAUAUUAGUAUAUGUGCAUCAGUUAUAUUAACAUUCACUGUGUCAGCACUUGUUGGAAAAGGUAAAGAAGAAAUAACUCAUAUACAAAAUGCAACAUUAGCAGGUGGCGUUGCUGUUGGAGUUGUAUCUGAUAAAAAUAUUGGCUUAUUUGGAGCUAUGAUUAUUGGAAGUCUUGCUGGUAUUAUUUCAACUUUGGGUUAUAAAUAUUUACUUGAACUAUUAAAAAAGAUUCAUAUUCAUGAUACAUGUGGUGUUCAUAAUUUACAUGGAAUGCCAGGAGUUUUAUCUGGUUUAGCUGGAAUCGUUGUUGCUAGUAUGCCUUGGAGAUCAUUGUAUACAGAAAAUUUAGGGGCAACGUGCUUAUCGGGAGGUGAACAUAGAUCAGCUGGAACUCAAGUGGGGUAUCAAUGUGCUGCACUUUUACUAACACUAGGCAUUGCCAUUGUUGGAGGACUUUUAACUGGAACUUUUCUUCGUUUAUCCAUAUUUUCUACACCAGAUAAUGAUUCUUAUUUUGAUGAUAGUCUUAAUUGGCAUGUUCCAAAAGAUUUUGUUGCUGAAAAUUCAGCAUUAGGUUCUCUAAUUAAAAGUAUUUUACCAAACCAAAUUCAACUUGAAGAAAUGCCUAAUCAAAUAGCUCUAAAUCCAAAUACACUUGAAGUUAUACAAGAAACAACAUGUAGACAGUGA